AUGGUGGAUAAUUUAGAGGGAGGAAGCAACAAUAAAAUUGUCAAGAUUUCCAUCUUAUUCUUCAUUGUUGCUAUUUGUUGCCUUGUUCUUAAUUAUCACUCAAACACAUACAUUUUAGAUUUUUUUCCAAAUUCAAACAACUCCUAUUUGUUUCAAGAUUUAAAGAAAGGGAAUUCAAUUCCUCCUUCAUUAUCAACCAAUGACACCAAUAUUAGUGGGGGGAAAAGCUCUAGACCAGAAAAUUAUCUAACUUCAAAGAAGCAGCAGCAAAAUGAAUUAAAAAAAGUGUUAAAAGAGGCAUCCAUGGGAGACAAAACAGUAAUAAUAACAACUCUAAAUGCAGCAUGGACAGCUCCAAAUUCAAUUUUUGAUAUUUUCUUGGAGAGUUUUAGAAUUGGAAAUAAUACAAAAUCUUUGUUGAAGAAUUUAUUAGUUAUAGCUUUUGACCAAAUUGCUUAUUCACGAUGCUUGGAGAUUCACACACAUUGCUAUGCAUUAAUCACUAAAAAUGUUGAUUUUUCUGGAGAAAAACAAUAUAUGAGUGGUGAUAAUUUGAAGAUGAUGUGGAGGAGAACUGAUUUUCUAAGAAUUGUUCUUCAAAUGGGAUAUAGCUUCAUCUUCACGGAUGCAGAUAUAUUGUGGUUUCGACAACCAUUUGCACAUUUUUAUUCACAUGUCGAUUUCCAAAUUGCUUGUGAUCAUUAUCUAUAUAACUCAUCUGACCCGGAUAACGAUCCAAAUGGAGGAUUUAAAUUCGUGAAGUCAAAUAAUCAGACGAUACAAUUCUACAAGUUUUGGAACAAAUCAAGAAAAACUUAUCCAGGAAAGAAUGAACAAGAAGUGCUCAACAUAAUCAAAUAUGGUCCUUAUAUCAAGAAAAUUGGAUUGAAAAUGAGAUUUUUAGACACUGCUUAUUUUGGAGGAUUUUGUGAACCUAGCAAAGAUCUUAAUUAUGUGUGCACAAUGCAUGCAAAUUGUUGUAUAGGUCUUGAUAACAAAAUACAUGAUUUAAGAAUGGCCAUUGAUGAUUGGAAAAAUUAUAUGGCAUUGCCAAGUAAUGAAAGGAAGUCAAAUAAUUAUACUUGGACUGUUCCAAGAAUAUGUGGAUAAAUGAACAACUUUUUGUCUGUUUCAAUUUUUUUGUCCUACAUCACUAUAUGUUUUUUUUUUUUUAUAGAAAUUAUAGUACAAAAUUUGUAUCAUGCAGAUCUAUCAAAAACAUAUAAU